CUGGAAUGGACCUGUCUGCCAGGAAGCUGGGUCACCCUUGGUCCUGGGCUUGCCUGUCCCCUGGGGAACACAGGCAGUGGUCACAGUGGCAGUGAGGCCACCAAGGUGUUUAUAGAGGAGGAUGCCUCGGGCCCUGGAGCGCGCAGACGGUGGCUGGGCCUGGGUGGUACUGCUGGCCACGCUGGUGAGCCAGGGCCUCACCCUGGGCUUCUCCACAUGCAUCGGCGUGUUCUUCACUGAGCUGCAGCGAGACUUCCAGGCUAGCAACAGCGAGACCUCCUGGUUCCCCUCCAUCCUGAUGGCUGUACUCCACACUGGGGGACCCCUGUGCAGCAUCCUAGUGGGACGCUUUGGCUACCGAGUGACUGUGAUGCUGGGGGGCAUGCUGGCCAGCUUGGGCAUGGUGGCCGGCUCCUUCUGCCAAACCCUGAGCCAGCUGUACCUCACGGCAGGAUUCCUCACAGGUCUGGGCUUGUGCUUCAGCUUCCAGUCGAGCAUUGCGGCACUGGGCUUGUACUUUGUCCACCGGCAGGCGCUGGCCAACUCGGUGGCCUCAGCAGGUGUCUCCCUUGGCAUCACACUCUGGCCACUGCUCUCCCGCUACCUCCUGGAGGACCUGGGCUGGAGGGGGACCUUCCUUAUCUUCGGCGGGGUCCUUCUCCACUGCUGUGUCUGCGGGGCCAUCCUGAGGCCUGUGGCCCGUGAGACCAAAGAAGCUCCCCCUCCAUCUUCCAAGACACCUGCACGCAGCUGCCUGGCAGUGUGUGGACGGACCAUCCAGCGCCACCUGGCCUUCGACAUCCUGCGGCAUAACACGGGCUACUGCGUGUAUACUCUGGGCGUGAUGUGGAUGUUCAUGGGUUUCCCACUGCCACCCAUCUUCCUGGUGCCAUAUGCCAUGUUGCAUGGGGUGGACGAGAAACAGGCAGCCCUGCUCAUCACCAUCAUUGGCCUUAGCAACAUCUUCCUGCGGCCGGUGGCUGGACUGGUGGCAGGCCGGCAGGGCUUUGCCAGCCACCGCAAGUACCUGUUCUGCCUGGCCGUCCUGCUCAAUGGGCUCACCAACCUGGUGGGUGCAGUGUUGACCGACUUCUGGGUGCUGGUGGGCUACUCACUGGUGUACAGCGUGUCCAUGAGCGGCAUUGGUGCCCUCAUCUUUCAAGUCCUCAUGGACGUUGUCCCCAUGGAUCAGUUUCCCAGGGCCCUGGGCCUCUUCACCACCCUGGAUGGCAUUUCUAUCCUCAUCGCCCCGCCACUGGCUGGGUUCCUCCUGGAUGCCACCAACAACUUCAGCUGCGUUUUCUACCUGUCAAGCUUCUUCCUCAUCUCAGCUUCCCUCUUCAUGGGUGGCAGCUUCUAUGCCCUGCAGAAGAAGGAGAGGCGAGACAGGAGGGCUGUGGUGGAAGGAGCCAGAAUGGAAGCUGCCCCAGAGCAGGAUAUUACCCCGGAAGGCAGAGACAGUUCCAAGAAGCAUCUGUCCCCUGAGAUCACAUAUGUGACCAGUAUCUGA